CUACUUUUGAAUUAAUAUACUUAUACUUAACCCUAAAGUAAGGGAAGUCCACAAACUCUUACUACAGGAGUUUAUACCUCCAAAAGGAAGACACCCACCCCUAACUGUGAAUCCUAGGAGGAGAGUUAACCCCUUUAGGGGUGAGAAGUGAAACAGGUAUUUGGGAGAUGGGAUUUGAGGUGAUAAAUAAACUACGUAGGAACAGUAACAAAGGUUUACACUGUGGGUGAUGGGGUAGGCCUGCCCAGGCAGAGCCUGGUCAAGGAUCCAACCCACACACCACUCAGUUUACAGAUUAGGCAAAAGUCACUGGAAGUUGUAAUUUAUUCUUUGAAAGAGGUUUGAAGAGAAAAGGGAAUUCCUCUCACCAUGUUUCUAGCUAAGAAACCCAGGACCUAAACCUUCGAGAGAGUUUGAUGAACUAAUCUCCCUCACCUCUCUCACCUAGAACCCUAAAAUCUAGCUACCCUACCCUAACCCAAACCCCUUUUGAUAGUUUACUUGAGGUAUUGGUCUGUGGCUUUAGGCAGGGACCCAAGGGAGAGAUUCCAAGUCCAGAUAGACUCAUAUCUCUGCUUACUGACAGCUGCAGAUGACUGAAUGUUGGGAAACACGGGUCUCAACAGCAAGGAUAGUAGGUGCAGGAACUCCACCAGAGGUCAAUCCCACAGACAUUGCUUCUGGGCAGUGCUGGACAAAUUGGAAACUGUGAUUGGACCCUGCUAAGAGGAGCAGGGAUAGGAGACCACCAUAAAAGCCACGAAAUCCUUCGGCUGGGGCAGUCUCCUGAAGUUGAGUCUCGUGGAGAGUAUCUCCUAGAGAUUGUCUUCAAGGGAACUUCACUGGAGACUGAGGCUUGGAUCGUGGCUCCAACUUAGACUCUGACUCCUGGACUACUUUGUUGGAGUCAUUUCCGCUGCCAACAUGGUGUGGAAGAACUUUGGCUCCCGGGUGCUCAAGGCUGAGAACUUCUCGGACUGUCCCAACGGCUCCCGCUGGAUCUGGGACGUGUUCAGCGAGUGCACCCAGGACGGCUGGGACUUCGCCAGUGUCAUCCUCGGCCUGACUUCCAUACUCUGUUUCAUCCUUGCUGCCUUCCCCCAGUACUUGAAGGCCUGCAAGACGGGCAACAUGGCCCACGCCUUUUCCAUCUGGUUCCUCCUGGGUUGGCUGGGCGGAGACUCCUGCAACCUCAUUGGCUCCUUCCUUGCCAAUCAGCUGCCUCUGCAGACCUACACCGCCGUCUACUACGUGCUGGCCGACAUGCUGAUGUUCUUCCUCUACUUCUACAGCAAAUACAAAAAUCGGCGCUCCUUCAUAUCGGCCCCCAUCAACGCGGCCUUCCUGUUCAUCUCCUUCGGGGCAGUGGCGGCCAGUCCCCUCGUCCUCCAGCUCGAGCUCUCCGCCCCGCACGAGGCUUUCCGCAGCAGGACCCUCCUGGGCUUGGAGCCCACUGAGAAAGGCUUCACCAAGCAGGAGAUUAUUGGCUUCAUCAUCGGCUCCAUCUCCAGCUUGCUCUACCUGCUCUCUCGUCUGCCCCAGAUCUACACCAACUUCCAGAGGAAAUCCACGCAGGGCAUCUCCUACUCUAUGUUUGCCUUGGUGAUUCUGGGCAACACGGCAUACGGGCUGAGCGUGCUGCUGAAGAACCCCGAGCCUGGGCAGAGCAAGGGCAGCUUCCUGAUCCAUCACCUGCCCUGGCUCAUCGGCAGCCUGGGCGUGCUCCUGCUGGACAUCCUUAUUUCCAUUCAGUUCUUCAUCUAUAGGAAUCAACUCUCCUCCUCCCUUGAGAGGGAGCCCCUGCUGGGCCAGAAUCGAAGCUGACCGCGUGCCAAGGCCGAGGUGGAGCCCAGGAGGGCCAAAGGACCAGGCAGGCCCCAAGGAGAGGAGCUCAGAAGGGAAGCCGUGGUGCAACCUGCUCAUGACUGAGAUGGGUUUAGAUGCUAAGGACCUGGGGUUGGGGGAAGACCAGGGGAACCCUGAAGCUCUCCUGUCUCUUGCUGCUCUCCUGCCAGAGUAGUCUGAUCUCUGAAAGGCUCCUUCCCUCCUUCUGUGAACCAGGCCCUGCCUCCCCAAGGACCAGACCCCAGUGGUCCCCAACUUCGGUCUCAGGCAGGGCAGGAUGAACAGGGAUUUGUGGUUGGAGAACUUGACUGUUUUCGGUAAGGAUCACCAGGACGUUUCCCUUCAGGUUUCCCCUCAGCUGGGUUUUGCUCUCCCUGACCAGGAAUCUCCCCAGGGGCUGGCCCCUGGUCCCAAUGACUCACUGGGAACUUCUCUUUCCCCUGUAUUUUAUUCCGCACCAGAUUUACUAGUAAAACUCAUCCAAGGGGGCA